AUGUUACUCAUAGUCAUUUUUGUUGGUUUUUAUGCAAGUACUGCUGAACUUGUGUCUUCUAUUCCAUGUGAAUAUAUAACAGAUGAAAAACUUUUUUGUCGACAAACAUCUUUUAUUGAUAGUAAUAUUCCAUUAAAUAAUAAAUCAAUUUACUCUCAUAUAAAACAUAUUGAAUGGAUUGAAUCGGGUACAUAUAUUUUAUCAAAUAAUCUUUUUCAUUUAUUUUCUAAUCUUAAAAAUGUUUCAUUACGUUCAAAUACAAUAACAUCUUUAUCUAUUUUACCAUUUUGGCAUCAUUUAAAACAUAUUUAUCAUCUUGAUUUAUCACAAAAUCGUUUAAUAUCAAUAAAUAAUCGUGAUUUUCAAUUGUUUCAUAAUUUAAUAUCAUUAAAUAUUUCAUUUAAUUUUCUUACAACAAUUGAACCUAUUUGGUUAUUAAUACCAUUACAAAUUAUUGAUUUAUCACACAAUGGUAUUAAUACAAUAGGUUAUAUGAAAAUUCACAAUGGUACAUCAGAAUUAAACUCAUGUUCAUUAGAACAAAUUUAUAUAAAUGAUAAUCGUGGUCUUUUAUCAUUUGCACAAUUACAAACAACUAUAAUGAAUGUUUGUCCAUUUAUUGAUCGAUUUCAAUUAAUGAAUAAUCAUUGGCAUUGUGCUUGUAGUGAUCUUGUCAAUUCACUUAAACAUUAUCGAGCAUUAAUUCUCAUGGACGAACUUUCUCAAACAUUAACUGGUCCAUGUGAAACACCUUUACCAUUUCGUAAUAUUGAUAUACAAAAACUGAAUGAAGAAUUAGUAUGUAAUCAUUUCGCACUAUUUGAUUCAAUAGUUAAUGAUGAACAAUCACAAUCAUCAUCACUCUUAUCUUUUUCUCGACAAAUCAUUUGUCUAUUUUUAAUUGGUUGUAUCAUUGGACUUAUUAUUGGUUUAUGUCUACAUUAUUGUGCUCGUCGUUGUCAUGAUUUACUUUUUUAUAUACUAUUUAAAUGUAAUAGACAAAAAGUCGUACAUGAAAGGCAUCCAAAUGAAUCUAUGCAAACGGCUGAUACUAAUCAUAAUCAAAAUCAUUUUAUUUAUUAUCCGACAAUUGAAUCUGAUUCAUUGCCAACUUAUUCUCAAGUUAUGAACGAUAUUUUUUAUUUAGACAUUAUCAAUCGACAGCAACAAAAUGAACUCGAUGGUGAAUGUUAA